GUUACCAAACAGUUUCGGUUUCCGACAAGAAACCUCGCCGGCAGCAAACUGCUUGUUUUCCCAUGGAACAUCCUCGUCCUCCACUGUCGUUCGUCUUGCCAAAACCGGCCGAACUUUCCGGUUUAGCGUCGAGCUUUCUCGACGGUAACUUCGAGGACCUGCGAGAUCUCCUCUCACGCGCUUCGAAUCUAACCUCUCAUCUAAAACACGACACUACUCAUCUAAACGACCGCCUUCUCCACCUCCGUACGGAUCUGACCAAACACGCCGUCUCCUGGAUCUCCACCUCUCUCUCCGCUAAAAACUCACUCGACGAUCUCAGAUUGAGCCUCGAAAGUCUCAGCCUUGUUACAUCUCUCCCUCGGAGUAAGGAUGCUGUCAGGAAGCAAAGGGAACAGGAGUUACAGCAACUCGUUGAGGAGCUGUGUCGAAUUCAGAACAGGCGCAGAUAUCUCGUGACUGCCUUAAAGCUGGAGAGUUUAGUUGGAGAUCUUGAAGAUUCAGUGUUUCAUCCUAUGACAAGAAGAAGUAUGCUUCAAGAUCGUGUGUACAAGCAAGAAAGGUUUAACCACGCGAUUAAGACCAUGAAUGAGAUUGAACAAGUGCUUGGUGAUGUUACAACACAGUGGCGCCGCCUUGUAGGUACUGUUGACAGCAGAGUAGAUAAAAGCUUGUCCAUUCUACGGCCACAGAUCAUCGCAGAGCACCGAGCCUUUCUCUCAUCUCUUGGCUGGCCACCAAAGCUGGCGUUGUUAUCCAAAGAUGAGGGUGGAGGAGACGCUGCUGCUAGUUGUAGUAGUAUCCCUAAUCCUCUAGUACUGAUGCAAGGAGACCAAAAGGAAUAUUAUUCCCAAAGCUUCCUUCUCCUCUGUGGUUUACAGCAGCUUAACACCCUCAAGGAGAAACGGAAGAAGCUUCAUAAAGAAAGUAGUAGUGGUGUUGGACUUUGGGCAAUCGAUGAGCUUGUAAUACCCGUUGCGUCUCGGAUGGAGUAUCACUUCACGAAAUGGGCUGAAGAGCCUGAGUUUAUCUUUGCGCUUGUCUACAAAGUCACAAGCGACUUUGCUGAUGGGGUGGACGAUCUCUUGCAGCCUUUGAUCGACAGAGCUAUGUUAGUUAGCUGUAGUGCUAAAGAGGCUUGGGUUUCAGCUAUGGUCCAGAUGCUGUCCUGUUUCUUAGAGAAGAAAGUGUUUCCUGGGCUUAUAGAGAUGCUCAAGGAGGAGAAGAAGAAGCGCAUGAAACCUGAAGGUGUUUCCUCGUGGUUCCACCUUGUAGAUCAGAUGGUUACUUUUGAUAAACGGAUGCAGUCAUUUGUGAACUCAGACACUUGUCUUUCUUACGAAGGCUCCUCCUCGGUAGCGGCGUUUUCGCAAGGUAUGUCGGUAAUGGGGGUGUUUUGUAAGAGACCUGAGUGGCUCAAGACCUGGGGCAAGAUUGAGGUGAAGGAUGCUUAUAGAAAACUUAAAGAGGAUAUCAAGAAGGAGAAAGCUUGGCUGGUUGUUAAUAGUGAGGGAACUAGACUUGGUAAUGAAUCAAACUCGUAUGUUCUGUCUACAAGAGAAGAUUAUAAAGCUCCGUUUGUAGCAGAGAGUUUUAUUACUAGGACUUGGACGUUGAUAGACCAUGGUCUAUCUCUACCAACCAUUCUCCCGAGGAUCCAAUUUGUAAGAGCUACUGCCACCAAGUUUCUCUGGUAUAUAUUCAAAACUCUGUUACUGGAGUUCAAGAAGACUGAUCUCUCUGACUAUAGCUCGUUUGAAGAUUCGCUGAUACAAGCCUGUGGACCUAUUAAUACUGCUAGGUAUCUCGAAUCGAAACUACGAGAGUGGAGUGAUGAUUUGGUGUUUGUGGAGAUGUGGGAUGCUGAGACCAAUGUCAAAGUUGGUAGAGAUAAUGGAGGUUCCUGUCAUGGUUGCUUUUUUGGGGAAGAACUGAAAAGUCUUGUUGACUUGGAAACAAACUGGCUUAUGGAGAUUAUAACUGUUUGUCUCAACCAAUUCGACAAUCUUUGCGGCGACCACUUCCACAGCAAUGCAGAUACAUGGGAGGAGGAGGUCAUUACAGUGUCCCGAGGUGUUGCAGAAGCUUUGGACAGUUUAAGACGAGAACUCUCUGUUCUCCAGUUAAACAUGAACCGAAAAGACUUCUUGGACUUGUGGAGGAAUCUUGCUGAAGGGCUUGACCAUUAUGUUUCUUGUAAAUUUUUCGUAGGAGAAGCUGUUUUACUGAGGAGGAGGUUUGAGGUUGACGCAGAGGCACUUAUGAUGGUGUUUCAGCCUUACUGUGUUCGCCCUGGUGCAUUCUUCCCUCGAGUGAGAGAGAUUCUUAGGCUGUUGAGUAUGAAUGAGGAAGACAAGGCACGACUUAGAGGAGCUAUAAGUCGUAAUGGAAGUAACUGUUUAAGUUCGUUUGGUAUUUCUAACUUGUCUCCUCAACUUGUAGAACAGUUUUGUAGGUGUUACUAGUCAUGAGUGGCGUUUUGUAAAACAGCAAAAGCUAUAUAUAUAUGACAAUGAUUUUCCCAACAAAGAA